GGGGAGGGGACACCGCGGCCGCACCGAUCCCCGCGGCCGCCACAGCCCCGGCCGCACCCCCCGGCCGCUCUGCCGGGAGAUUUGUGCUGAGCCACGAUGGGUUUGGCUGAGGACAAAGUGUACACCCACAUUACGAGAAACCUCAAGAAGUUCAGCACUAUCCGAGUGGCGUCGCUGGCCGAUUCCCUGACCUGCCUGGUGGAUUCUGACAGAGAUGAACUCCUCGCCCGGGAGGAGACACGGGGCAACCAGGCAGCUGUGUUUAGGUUUUAUCAGCACCUGAGGUGCCGGCGGGGCUGGGUGCAGGAUCUCAUCCAGGCACUGCACCAGAACAACGCGGGGCACUUGGCUGAUGAGCUGCAGGAAGUCUAUGACACCUGGCAACCCCGACCUCGUUCCUCACCUCCUGCCUCCUCCCUUCCAAGUGAUGCCCAUCCUGCUGCCUCCUCCACCGGUGCCCAGACACCAUCCCAGGGGCCAAAUCCUGCCCCGUUGGCUGGGCAGCCACGCCAGGAGCUGCCCAUUGGUGACCAUCCACCUGUCCUGCCCGGUGCUGCCACCACCACAAGCAAGGACCUGGAGGCCAGAGUGCCAGUGCAGGAAUCGCUCCCCAAAAAACUCCUGGAGCAAGAGAGUCCCCGGCCGAUUCCACCUGAGAGCAAAGUCCAUGGCGGAGUGAGCGCUGGAGAGGGGAAUCUCUCCCACCCCCCUGGGGCUGUGCCAGUGUCAGUGGGGACACCAGGGGUGGCCGUGCCAUCAGCUGUGUCCCCAGAGCAGGGCCGGGACUGGCUGAGCCGCCGGCCCGUGUGUGUGGACAACGGGUUUUUUGGGAAUGCCAACCACCUGCACCGCGGCACGCCGGGCCUGGCCCUGGGCAGGUCCGUUCCAUCCAGGGAUGCAGGUGCCACUCACAGCCCAGGGCAGCCCAGGAACGAGCCUGAAGAGAACUCAGAUAUCUCCACAGAGUCACUACCGAGGCUGGAGGGGGCUGCUCGGGGUGUGGGGCAGCAGCCCCCAAACUCAGUGCCAAAAAAGCAGCCUGUGCCAAGCUCUGGGCACGGGGAGCCCACAGGGAGCUUCGUGGAUGUGCGCACUCCCCUCCUCAUACAGGAGCAGUUUGAUGCAGAGAAGAAGCUGCAAGAGCAUCCAGGGACUGGAGGUGCUUUGAUGGGAUCAGCUGUCCUGGGUGCCACCCCUGUGCCCAGAGACACUUUCCCAUCCCGUGACACCUCUGUGAAGUCUCUUACGCAAGAGAAGAAACUGCCCGUUGGGAAUGCAGCCAGCAGCACCCCCUCUGUGCCAGCAAAGGAGAAAGUGCUCCCAGCCUUGGCAAACCCUGUCCUGGGCACAGCUGUGGUCGGAGGCUCCGAAGGCGCGGCUGGGAGAGCGGCUUCCCGGGUGAGCUCUGCCACCAGCAUCUGGGCAUCUCACAGUGAUGAGGAGAGGGAAGAGGAGCUCAGCAAGCCAGGUGUCCUCAUGUCCCCACCUCGGGGCAGCCCAGAGGUGGCCAGCAGACCCCCAGGCUCUCAGCAGCCCAGCAAGCCCUGUUCCAGCACCUCCUCUAGCCUUGGCCUCAGCAGCGACCCGAUCCUGGUGAGCAGGGAUAGCCUGAGCUCAGGAGAAGCGUUCCCCAGAGUCUCCUCAGCUCCUGCACACCCCAGAGCAAAGGAGGCAUCUGGAGCAAGCAGAGACUCCAGUCCUGCUCCGAGCAGCUCCCUGGGCACCCAUGAGCUCUGUGUGGAUCAUCACCCCAGCAUCCAGCUCGGAGCCGGCAGCGACGGAGCUGGUCCCCUCGGCAGCUCCCUGAAUUUCAGCUCUGGCAGUGGCCAUGGUGCUGCCACCAGCUCCCCUCAGGCCAAAGUCCCAAAGGGGGACAGCAAUGGCCUGUCCCUGCUGUACAUCCUCCCAGCUGUCGGCCUCAUUUCUGCCGUGGCAUUCGCGGUGUACGCUCGCCUGCGGAAAUAGGGGAUGGGACACAGUGACACAGCCAGGGGGAUUCCUCUGGCACCAGGAUUUUGGCCAAUGCAUUUGAAGCCUGAAGAGUAGAGGGGGGCAGUAGGGGCGUUGUUAAAUCUUCUUCUGGAAGGUUCUGCUGGAAGAGGCCUUGGUACAUGAUGCUGUUGGGUUUGGGUCUGCUCCUUCCCAUUUCCCAACCAUCUUCUUGGCUGUAGCCUUCUCUUUUUACACUCCUGGAAGAGAGGAUCUUGCUCCAAAAUGAUCCAUUGAGUCAAAAAGGAAAGCAUUCAUGGUGAUUCUCCAUGUUUUUCUGGUUUGGUCUCAGGAGGCCUCAGGGAAGCAUGUACUGGUGAUCCAAAGGGUGACCUCCAGGUCAUUUGUGCAGUGCAGACAGGAGAGGUUGUGCAGAUACCCUGUAACAGUGGAGCUGAUUUUCUUGGCUCUGCUCAUCUUGGCUUGAAAAUGUGUCCAAAUGUGGUGCAGCAUCCUCCACCAGAUGCCUCAUGUUCAGUUUGCCUUACUUGAUGUCUCUGGCUCUGCUGCUCCUUCUGGGAUUGCUUCAUGCACUACUGACCCUGGGGAUAAACAUGAGGGUCAGGAAAGAGCUGCAUCUACCCAGUGUUGUCAAGGAUCAACCUCAUUUCUCCUCUCCAGGCAGGGAAUGGGGUUUCUGGUUUAAGAGGAAUGUUACAGGCAAUGCCAACUUCAGGCACACUUGGUCCCACAAAAGGUUGUUGGGUGUCUUUGAUUUUUAGGCUGGAGUUUUGGAGCUUGGUGGAAAGGGUAGAUGGAAUUCUUGCCCUUCCUGAUACUUGUGGCUAUGGGGUGAGGGUAUAGGAAUCUUCUGCCCAGGCUGGGACACAAACAGGAUCACCUGCAGGGAGGCCAUACCAGAGGAGACCUUGUAGCACCUUCCAGUGUGUAAAGGGCUUGGAACAAACUGCUCUUGUGGAAGCUGUCCCUGCCCAUGGCAGAGGGCUGGGAUGAGAUGCUCAUUAAUGGCCCUUCCAACCCAAACCAUUCUGGGGUUGUAGAACACAGUAAAGCAGCCAAGAAGCAGCAGCCUGGAGUAGUUAGGUUGCUCCAAGCUCCAUUCAGCUAGGCCUUGAACUCUUCCAUGGAUGGGCCAGCCACAGCAUCUCUGGAUAACCUGGAUAUCCUUGCAGGGAAGAAUUUCCAUCCUUGCCCUCUGACAGUGGGAAGCCAUUCCUCUUUGUGCUGUCACUCCAGGUCCAAAGUCCCUCUCCUGCUCUCCUGGAGCCCAUACAGGUACUGGAGGCUGCUGGAAGGUCUCUUCAGAGUCUUCUCCAGGUGAACACCCCCAGCUCUCCCAGCCUGGCUGCAGAGAGCAGUGGAGCAGAAUCACUUCCCUCACUGCCCUGUAACAUUCAUCCUGAAUCCCACCACAGCACAGCUUCUCAAAUCCCCUCUUCCUGCUGGCAGGGAGCAGGAGGGAGCUCAGCCCCCUGGGGCCUGGCUGCAAAGUGCAGCUAUCAACACCUGGAGCUUGCUCUGAAUGGCUGCUCCUCCCUCCCAACCCUUUCCUUCUGCCCAAAAAUCCAACAAGUGCCUCCAUAAACUAAGGACAACCAGGAGGGAGGUGUUGAUUUGGGUGUGUCAGAGCUGCUUUCCAGAAAGCUCGAGGUUCAUUCCUUGCUCAGUGGUGCUGGAGGAGGAAGGGACAGUCCUUUAAACACACUGGGCCCCCUCUGCCAGGAGAGGGAGUGUGGGGGCUGCUCUUCCCACUGAACAUAAAACAGUUUUCAGUCCCUAAGGGGAGGGACAGAAGGGAUUGGCCUUGUUCACACUUUGUGAAUUCAGGGCAGAUCCAUGAGAUCCCAAACCAGCUGCAUCCAUACCAAGGCCCUCUUCUCUGAUGCUUUACUUGCCUGUGAAAUUCUUCCCAUGAUUUUCCAUACAUUUAAGCAACAGCUUGUACGCUUUGCCUUUUCAUGUCCCAUUUCUCUUGUGAAACAGCUGGUUUGUCACCACCUCAGCCUGGGGAAAGCACAUGUUCAGAUUGCUGCUGUGAAGUGCUGGGCUUUUCACAGUUGUUACUUAGCACUUUAAAGCCUCAUUGGCAGGAGAUGGUGCAGGAGGGAGCUGUGUCCCUGCACAGCUUUUACUAACAGGCUAAAAUGCCUUUUACUAACUAUAAUAAAUCGGUUUGAUGCUUCA